AUGUCCCUAACCCAACCAACGCCCCUCCUCCUAACAAAACGCCUAACUUCCUUCCUCGCCUCAAACCUAAACACCAACCUCCACACAGCCCUCCUCGCAACCCCCUCAGGCCGCCUCCUCGCCCACGCCUCCCCGCAGCCCGUCUCCCUCCUCCGCACCCAAUCCACCGUCGCAUCCUCCCUCUUUGCCCUCCACGCCUCCGCGACGCCCGACAUCCCCGACGCGCUUCCCUCUUCAUCUUCGUCGCCGCCGACGUCGGCGGGUGCUGCAGGGACCACAACCACAGAAGAUGGAGCAUACGGAGGAAUCGGGGGAGCAGGUGGGAAACCCCUCACGAUAACAGUCCAACUCGCUGCCGGUGUAGUCGUUAUCAGGAGACUAAAGUGCGGGUUGCUAUUUGUCUGUAUCGGGCCCCUCGCCGAGAACAUCGAAGCUCAACAACCUUCUUCUACCGACCAACACCACUCCCUCGCGAACACGAAUGCAAACGGCGGCGCGGGCACAGGCACGCCCUCCCAGAUCCCCGCGUCCCCCUCGGAGGCAGAUAGCAUCCUCAGCCUCGGCGCGCAGACGACGACGUCCCUCGCCAGCGUCGGGAGCGUGAAUACCGCGGGUGUCGUGGUUCUGCGGCGGCAUGCGGAGGAGCUGGCGAGGUGGUUGGAUGAUAAGCUUGGGAGUUUGCGGGUUCCCGAGGAGGGUGUUGGUGUGGAAUGA